UCGAAGGAUGAUCCGGAGGGGACUUCCUUGCAAGCAUAUUCUGCAUGUACUUGAUGUGCUGGAUUUGGAUGAAAUACCGGGUUGUUUAGUUCUUCUGCGAUUCUCUAAACAAGCUAGGGGUGGCUUGCCAGCGAGGCGCACGAGCGAUCUACAUGAUUGGGGUUUUCCCGUAGCGGAGGAGCGACAAAGAUUUACGGAGUUGAAUGUGUUACAAGCUGAAGCAUUGCAAGUUGCAUACAAAGAUCCACUGUUGUUCGAGCGGACCAAGGCAUUUUAUGCUGACAUUAUUUCAAACAAGAUGGAGUAUGAUAAUGUACCCAACCGUCCCACAAACUCGGUGAAUACUAAUGUAAAUGAAUUGGGUGACCCUGCUCAAGUUGCUGCUCGAGGUGCGCCUAAGAAACGAAAGCGUAGAGAUGAUGGACAAGGACCCGUGACAAUGAAUGGAAGGCCAUUAUCGUAUGACGAGCGGGGUAGGGGGAUUCGAUGUACCAGAUGCAAAAAGGCUGGACACACCAAACGUAGCUUGAAGUGUGACCUGAAUCCUAGGCAUGUUGCGCAUAUUAUAGGAGGUCAGGAUGAUGAAUGACUUAUUUUGAAGGACGAACUUGGCACGACAUUAUGAAGCUUCAGUUUGCAUGCCGAUAU